AUGGAACAAGAGCUUUUUUUCUACUGGUUCAAGUUAUGUGUAUUCUCCAUAAUAGCAUUUCUCUUUGUUCUAAAAGUUUUUGUGUUGAUUUGGUGGAGACCCAGAAAAAUUGAAGAGCAUUUCUCUUUACAAGGGAUUAGAGGUCCCCCUUAUCGCCUUUUUGUUGGAAAUGCUAAAGAGCUUGUUAGUUUAAUGUUGAAGGCUUCUUCUCAACCCAUGGAGUUUUCUCAUAAUAUACUUCCUAGAGUUCUCCCCUUCUAUCACCACUGGAAGAAAAUCUAUGGGGCGACGUUUCUUGUGUGGUUUGGGCCAACAGUCCGUCUCACCGUGGCUGAUCCCGACUUGAUUCGAGAAAUUUUCACUUAUAAGUCAGAAUUUUACGAGAAGAACGAGGCUAAUGCGUUGAUUAAACAGCUCGAAGGCGAUGGACUUCUUAGCCUCAAAGGAGAGAAAUGGGCGCACCAUAGGAAAAUCAUCACCCCUACCUUCCACAUGGAAAAUCUUAAAUUAUUAAUACCAAUGGCGUCAGGAAGUGUGAAUGAAAUGUUAGACAAAUGGUUUGAUAUGUCAAAAAACUCGAGUGAAGUUGAAAUUGAAGUAUCGGAAUGGUUCCGGCUAUUAACCGAAGAUAUCGUCGCUCGGACCGCGUUUGGAAGCAGCUAUGAAGACGGAAAGGCCAUUUUUAGAUUACAAGCCCAACAAAUGGCCCUUGCAUCCGAAGCAUUUCACAAAGUUUUCAUCCCUGGUUAUAGGUUCUUACCCUCUAGACGGAAUAUAAUGUCUUGGAAAUUGGAAAAGGAAAUUAAUAAAUCCCUAAUGAGAGUGAUUGAUCAAAGGACAAAGAAUUGGGGGAAUGGAAUUGUAGAAAGUGGGCCCAAAGAUUUGUUGGGACUUAUGAUUCAAGAAUUGAAUUUGAAUUCAAGGAUUACGGUUAAUGACAUUGCUGAAGAAUGCAAGACCUUUUUCUUUGCUGGUGAACAGACAACAUCAAAUUUGCUGACGUGGACGACUGUUUUGCUAGCUAUGCACCCAGAAUGGCAGGCCCUAGCACGUGACGAGGUUCUUAAGGUGGUCGGAUCACGUGACGUACCCACUAAAGACGAUGUUGUCAAGCUCAAAACUUUGGGGAUGAUCUUGAAUGAGUCUCUUAGACUUUAUCCACCUAUUGUUGCGACGAUCAGACGAGCAAAGACGGAUGUGGAACUCGGAGGAUGCAAAAUUCCCCGUGGAACGGAGUUACUAAUACCUAUCCUUGCGGUUCACCAUGACCAAGCCAUAUGGGGUAACGACGUAAACGAGUUCAAUCCGGGUCGAUUCUCUCAAGGAGUGGCUCGAGCAGCAAAACAUCCAGUAGCGUACAUUCCCUUUGGCCUUGGGGUUCGACAAUGCAUUGGUCAGAACUUAGCGAUCCUACAAACAAAAUUGACGCUUUCUAUUAUGCUUCAACGAUUUUCUUUUUGUUUGUCUCCACAUUAUCAACAUGCCCCAACUGUGUUGAUGCUUCUCUACCCGCAAUACGGGGCACCAAUCGUAUUUCGACCUUUGUCUUGCCCCCAAGAUUGA